ACAUGUCAAAUAUGGUGUUGUCGUCAUCUCUCUAGGUCCGUAUUAUAGUGUAAUGUAGGCUAUAUUAUCACUCAUACUUGGAGUCAUGGCAGGAAAGAUCGAGCAGCUCAACCAGUCCGUUGUGAUCGGCAGGCUCAGGCGGUUCAGAGAGAGAUACUUUUCAAACAGUGGCAAAGUUGUCAAAGACGACUUGACACGGGAUGUAGACACGGGAGAAGAGCCACUACCGGGAUUUAUGGAUAGUUUACCGGUGGACUUACAGUUUCGGAUCAUGACCCUUCUGUCUCCUGCGGAUAUCUGCUGCCUUGGAGCCACCAGUCGGUACUGGAGGGCCAUGGUUAGAGAUCCAUUACUGUGGAGAUACUUCCUGCUCAGGGACAUGCCAUACUGGCCCUCCAUUGAUCAUGUGAGCAUGCCCCAGCUGGAGUUGUUGGAUGCCCCACUAAUCAAUGAAGAUGAGAGCCUGGAUGAUAGAGAAGAGGGGGAUGACAAAGUGAUGGAAUUGAAAUUUGACUACAUGUCAGAAUACCUGAAAGGCUGUCCAUCUUGCAGACAACAAUGGCUUCCUUCGCGGCCGGCAUAUGAGGUUGUAACCUCAUUUCUUCAGUCUCUGGUGCCCUCAUCUGAACCACGUUAUGCCAUGUUUGGCCCUGGCAUGGAGCAGCUGGAUGUCUCUUUAGUCACAAGGCUCAUGCAUGCCCCAGAUGUGCUUCCUGUGUCAGGAACUCCUCACAGACAGAUAAAUGGUAUUGGCUCAGGGAUCAGUUACAUGUUCAACAACCAACACAAAUUGAAUAUCCUGACGCUGUACUCAACCAAUAGGGCCGAGAGGGAAAUAGCCAGAGUGCAGCAGCAGAGCAUCAGUAAUAAACUUUUUAGCUUUGAAGGAUCAGAUGACUCAGGCUAUCCAGUCUACAGCCCUGCUCCUCAGGUCCAGCAAGUGUGCCAGGUGGUGGAUGGUUUCAUCUAUGUAGCCAAUGCAGAGCCUGGGAGAGGUGACAGGGAUUCUGAGGGGGCUCAGAUUCGGGCUGUGCUGAGCUCUGCCGAGGGUUCAGCAUCCAGGCCUCUGCUGGUGCUCUCCUGUGUCUCCAGAGAAGAAACGGAAGAGGUCAGGAUAACCAGUCUGCAAACUUUUACCAGCAGAAACAGGGCAAGGUGUCGCACUCCCUGUGUCGACGUAGCAAAGAGACUCGGCCUACCCCAGCUGGCUAACCCCUGGAUGGUGCAGGAUACCGUAGCCGAAUCCCUGUCAGGUCUUCUGGAUGGCAUUUCCUGGUUGCUGAGAUGUUCUGGAGUCAAGCUCUAUGGUAGCUAGUAUCCAGCUUCUGCUGCUGCCGCCAGAUGAAUGAAAGCCACAAAUUGCAUUACUGCGUCAUCCUAACACCAAGACUACAGAAUUUCCUGAGUAAUGUAUACCACAUGUGCGCUGAACGUCUCAUGAUUGGAGCACUGCCUUUGGGAUUUCAUGAACUGGAUCUGCAACAGAACUAAUGGGUUUCUAACUAUAACUAUGACUUGCAUUUCCGUGACCAUCGGACACUGCGUGCACUUGUUAGACGUUAUUUCCUGCGUGGAGUGUGCUGCGCUGAUAAAAAAGACGUAUAUAAAAUGUUGUGCCACUUCCUGUGUCCACUAUUUGGCACUAGACAACACACACUAUCACUACGUCAAAUUUAAAGGUGGGGGCACUAUCAAGCCAAUUUGCUACACCAAAGCCUGAGACCCAUAUCACAUAUAAUUUUUUUCACCACUUCUGAUAGGUAUGCAUAGUUCCAUGCGUUUUCGAGCACCUUUAGCCCCUCAAAAAUGUGAUUUAGUUCUAAAAUUAAUAAUAUAGGGAUUUCAGGGCCUGAGGACUGCCCUAGAAAGUGGUGAAAUCCAUCCAUGUAAAACCUCACUUUGACUAUUACUACCCUACUUAUCUUAUAUGCUACUUAUAUAUGUAAUAAGUAUGUGGUACUUUAAUUUAUGUGCCAUAUCAUGAUGAGGUUUACAAUCGGUGAAAGAAUCUGGUGGCCCACUGUUUGGUUUAAAAUGGGUAAGAGAUUGUAAAUUUUUUGACAUGGCAUUUUCAGUGUUUUUUUAAGGCUCAUAAUGACCUGAUUUACCACAUUUUUACAGUUAGGCAUAUGUGCCAACAAUCCUCCUACAAAAAGUCAGCUUGGAUAACUCACACAAAAUUCACUGCUUUCGGAUCAAUGAUUUACAAUCAUAUACUGCAAAUAUAUGACUUUUAGAGCUAAACUGUAAUACAAGCAAUUGAAUAAAAUAUUUUAUGUUUAUGCAAUUAAGAACUGUUGCCUUUUGAUACAUGCUGCAUAUUUAUA